AUAUCAUCAACUCUCAGUGGCUGAUGACAAAGCGUACACGCACACGCACAGUGCGAGCAGCUCAGCGGGUCCGCUUCCCGAUCCAAGAUGGCUGCCAUGUGGCCUUUUGAGUGCAUCCUCUCACUCAAAGGUCACUCAAAGAUCUGCCCCGCAGACACAGGAGGCGUCACUCCUGUAACUAUUCCUCUUUUUUUUUCCCCCCCAGGAGGACCUGGAAUGAUUACACCAGUCCACUCAGGACUUCGACCUCUGCUGCUCCUCACGCUCGCUCACAAGGUUCUGAUUCGACCCGGACCCGACCCCCUUGCUCCACGACACCUCCACGGGUGCGGAGUGUGGAUUCAUUCCAGCAGAGCAGCGCCCAGCCGACGUGCACGCCCACCCUCAGGAUGUGGUACCAAAGUGUGCAAGCCAGCGAUGAGGUGACGGCGGUGAAGUCGGAGUCCAGGAAGCAACGCUACGUGCGCAAGGAGGGAAGCUGCGACGUGGUGUUCCGUCACGUUCCCGAGGAAUGGCUCCUGUUCGUUACGGACAUCUUCACCACGUUGGUGGAGAUCCGCUGGCGGGUGAUGUUCCUCAUCUUCGCUUUGUCCUACAUCCUGUCCUGGCUCUUCUUCGGGAUUGUGUUCUGGGUCAUCGCUUUGGCUAACGGGGACGUGCAGGACCCCAAGACGGCGCCGUGCGUCUACGAGGUGCGCAGCUUCACCGCCGCGUUCCUGUUCUCGUUGGAGACGCAGACCACCAUCGGGUACGGCACUAGAGGAAUGUCGGAGAACUGCGCCGUGGCCAUCGUGGCGGUCACGAUCCAGGACGUGGUCAGCUGCUUCAUCGACACCUUUGUCAUCGGCAUCGCCGUGGCUAAGAUGGCGUCCGCCAGGAAGCGAGCCCAGACGGUGGGAUUCAGCAGCUGCGCCGUCAUCAACCUCCGCGACGGCCACCUGUGCCUCUCUUGGAGGGUGGGCGACUUCCGCCGCCAUCACCUGGUGGAGGGCACGGCCCGCGCUCAGAUCGUGCGCUCCACCGUACACGCCACCGGCAAGGUGGACGUCACCUACGAGGACCUGCUCCUCCAGCAGCCCGACAUCGUCCUGGUCACGCCCACCACCCUCUGCCACCGCAUCCGAGCCGGAAGCCCGCUCUUCGGUAUGAGCCCCGCCCAACUGCGGCACUCGGACUUGGAAGUGGUGGUGUCCUUCACGUACACGGACGACAGCACGGGGACGCUGCACCAGACGCGCACGUCCUACACGCCCGAAGACAUCCUGUGGGGUCACGUCUUCCAGGAGAUGAUCCGUGCCGGCAGGAGACGCUACACGGUGGACUACUUCCUCUUCAACCAGACCGCCAAGGUUCUUCUCCCCGAGCUCAGCGCCGAGGCCUACCAGCUCAAUAAGCGACCCUCGCCCAGAUCUCGUCGCCCCAAUGACGUCCGAGUGGCGGGGGAAGGCGACCAAAAACGCCCUGUCAUGUUAGCGCCACCUGACGCCAUUCGCCCAGAAAUGUCGUGUUAGGAAUUUCACAAUAAAAGCAUGA